CGCGACUUUAGCUAUAAUUCGUAUGCGUUUUCGGCGUCGUUGGCCUGUACGUCGGUGGUUUGCCGGUUUGCAUUUUCGUGGCGUUUUGCAUUGAAGCGUACGCUAAAGCCAUUUGUUCGUUUUGGAAUAUGUAAAGCGUGUGAAUAUUUUACUGAAGAAGUGCUUUUGUGUGUGUCAACGAAAUCAAUUUGCAGCAACCAUCAAAACCAACAAAUGACCAAUAUUCGAGUGAUCCAAAGUGUACAAAAACAAAAGCAAUAAUAAAUGUACAUUUAUAUCUAUAUAUCAUACAUACACAUGUACAUAACUAAGUAUAUACAUACACGUAUGAAUGUGUGCACAAAUGUCUAGCUAACAAACUCUGCAGCUCACCAACCGCGACGAAUCAGCCAUCAACCAAUUCACCUAGUUUAAUACACGCCAACACAUACCAACAAAAAUAUGAUCAAGCUAUAUUGACCAACAAGAAAAUACCAACAACCAUCAACAGCCACAAGUGGUGGUCAAGCGUUAAUCACUUGAUGCUUUGGAAGGCAACAACGAUCAUACAACAACAACAAGAAAUCAAAUUUGCUUAGCGUAUUUGCACGGAUUAAUUUGGCUAACACAACCCACUACGUUUGUAACGGUGUUUCAAUAAGACAUACAUACAGGCAAAAUUCGUAAAUAAGUUUUGUAUGUACGUAUGUGUUCUGUUUUGCCGCCAAUGUAUGGGGGCCAACAGGCCAAAGUAUCGACUACUUGUGGCACGUUUGGUUACCGUUAAACAAGUAAGUUGGUUGUGCUAUGUAGUUAGGUGUGCUUGUGUGUGUUUUCCACAAAUUAAAUGUCAACACUAAACAAAAUUGAGAAAUAUAAUAAAAAAGUGUGUGUCAUUCCAAUCACAACAACUUUAGCAAAAAAUUACAACAACAUACAAAAAGCAACAACAACAACAAUCCUGCUAAACAAGAAGAAUAAACAUCAGAAUGGUGAAUGCUGUAAUGGAUGCAAUAGCGCUGCUCAGCUCGCUGGCGACGGACUUGGAUAUUAUGCUCAAUGACUUGAGAUCAUCGCCGAGUUCAAGACUUUUACCGCCCACACAUCACUUACAUCAGCGCAGCGCAUCAAAUACAUCGAAUAGCUCAUCGCCAUUAACUAUUGCUGGUGGCGGAGGUGUGGGAAGUGGGGGCGGGAGUGGGGUCGGUGGUAGCGGCGUCGGCGGAGGCGGGGGGAGUGCUGGUGGGAUGGGGCAGACAACGACCGGUUAUCUGCAUGGUGCUUUGCGCACUAACCACAAUAAUCAAUUUGUACAACAUCAGCAACAGCAACAACAACAACAAUCGGCGAAUGCACAGAAAGAGAAGCGGCAACAACAGCAACAACAAUCGAGGCAGCCGACUAAAGUGCAAAUAAUACCAGCAACAGCGCCAACAACAACAACCAUAACGACAACAACGGCUGCUACCACAGCAAUACCCCAACGUUAUAAUCGCUAUCACAAUCAGCAACAAACACAACAACAACAACAACAAAAACAACCGCAAACCCAUCGUUGUUGCGCCUCGGCGGCGAAUUCGUGUAAUCAAACGAAAAUUCGCAAUGCUGCAACAGCAACAACAACAACUACUACAGCACACUUUCCAGUCACAAAGAUGGCUAAAACACAAACAACAACAAUAACUACAACUACCAUAACAAACAGUACAGCGCGCAAUCAGCAGCAGCAUCAGCAACAGCAACGACUCAAUCAGCAUGCCACCAGCAGAUUGCCACAAACAGCAACACACACUUCCACCAACAACAUGCCAACACCAACGAGUCGCCGCCAGCACCAACCGAAUACGUCCAAUCCAGUCCGUGGCGGCGGUAGUGCGGAUGGUGGCUGCAACGGAUGUGAAUUGGUGGCAACAGCCGGAAAUGUUGCGCCCCUCCUUGCCGACGAGCACGACACAACUGCAGCAACGCAUUGCCACGGUCUGUCCGCCGAUGUGCGUCGUAUUGAGAAAUUGCCGUUGUGGUCAUAUCAGCACAAACAGUUGCAGCAACCGCAGAAGUUGCAUGUAAAACUGCUGCAACAACAACAACGCGCUACAAAAGCCAUAGCAAAAACAACCACCACAACCGCUAACAAAGCAAAUACAACAAAAACCGCUUUGACGACCAGCAAAAAGGAUGCGGUCAGUAGGCCGUCUCUAAUGGGCGGCUUUGGUGUCUCAUCAGCGGCUGGCGGAAGUGUGGCCAUUAGUGGCGCUGGUGGUCCGUAUGGCGCUUCAAGCGGCGGCCGCAUUGCAAGUGCGGUUACAACAACUAGUGUUACAACCCUCACCACAGCACAAGUGUUGGACGACUACACACGCCUCGAGGCGACGAGUACAAGUGUCGGUGGCAGCGGCAACGGCAGCGACGUCUUCCGCAUGAACUGGUUGCAGCCAACAUCAAUGUUAUUUGGGUGAGUAAAAGUGCAUGUUUUCCACUUAAGUAUUUGCAUUUACAUAUAUUUUACCGUUGGA